AAGCUGCUACGGCUCUAGCUUAAUCCAUGUUUUUCUAUUUUCUCUAUAAAUACGAAGCCAUAAGCCUUUUUUCACAUCUAUCAAAACACACAGUCAUACCCACCUCUCUCCUGUUAUCAGAUUCGUUGUUUAGCUCCAGAAGCAAGGGAUAUGUUUCAGAACAUAGUGGAUGCCAUUACUGGUGACGAUAAUGGCAAAAAGAAGACUAAGUGCGCAAGUGGAGAGUGCAAGAAGAUCAAAGGUACUGUCGUUUUGAUGAAAAAGAAUGUUUUAGACUUCAAUGACUUCCAUGCUUCUGUUCUUGAUCGUGUUCAUGAGUUGUUUGGCCAUGGAGUUUCUCUGCAACUCGUUAGUUCUGUCAACUGCAGUGACUCAGCAGAAAAUGGUCUUCAGGGGAAAGUAGGAGAGCCUGCAUAUUUGGAAGAUUGGAUUACUACAAUCGCUCCCUUAACGCCAGGAGACUCAGCAUUCAAAGUCGCCUUUGAUUGGGAUGAUGAGAUUGCACUUCCAGGAGCAUUCAUCAUAAAAAACAAUCAUCACAGUGAAUUUUACCUGAAAACUCUCACUCUUGAAGACGUUCCUGGGCAAGGUCGAAUCCAUUUCAUCUGCAACUCAUGGGUUUACCCUGCCAAGCUUUAUAAGAAAGAUCGCAUUUUCUUUGCAAACAAGACAUAUUUGCCACAUGAGACACCGAUUCCGCUGCGUAAGUACAGGGAGGAAGAAUUGGUGAACUUGAGAGGAGAUGGAAAAGGAGAGCUCCAAGAAUGGGAUCGUGUCUAUGACUAUGCCUACUACAAUGAUUUGGGAGAUCCUGAUAAGGGACCAAAGUAUGUCCGUCCAAUCCUUGGAGGGUCUGCCGAGUAUCCUUAUCCUCGCAGGGGAAGAACUGGCAGACCACCAGCUGAAUCAGAUCCCAACUAUGAAAGCAGGCUGCCAAUUCUCAUGAGUUUGAACAUUUAUGUUCCAAGAGAUGAACGAUUUGGCCACUUGAAGAUGGCCGACUUCCUUGCUUAUGCACUGAAAUCUAUUGUCCAGUUUGUUAAACCUGAACUAGAGGCUCUAUUUGACAGCACCCCCAAUGAUUUUGACUCUUUUGAUGAUGUGUUAAAGCUCUAUGAGGGAGGGAUUGAGUUGCCUGAUGGCCCCCUACUAGAUAACAUAAGGAAAAACAUUCCACAGGAGAUGCUUAAGGAAAUUUUCCGAACAGAUGGCGAGCAGCUUUUCAAAUUUCCAACACCUCAAGUAAUCAAAGAGAGCAAGACUGCUUGGAGGACUGAUGAAGAAUUUGGCAGAGAAAUGCUGGCCGGUGUAAACCCUGUCAUCAUUCGUUGUCUCGAGGAAUUCCCUCCAGAAAGCAAUCUAGACAGCAAAUUUUAUGGUGAUCAAAACAGUAAAAUAAGUGAAGAACAUAUAAAGAAUAGACUAGAUGGACUGACCAUAGAUGAGGCAAUCAAGAACAAGAAGCUAUACAUAUUAGAUCACCAUGAUACAGUCAUGCCAUACCUGAGGCGGAUAAAUGCUACUUCCACAAAGACAUAUGCAACCAGGACCCUACUUUUCUUGAAAGAUGAUGGUACUCUUAAGCCUCUUGCGAUCGAAUUAAGCUUGCCUCAUCCUGAGGGAGAUAAACUCGGUGCCAUUAGCAAAGUAUGCACACCAGCUGAGCAUGGCAUUGAAGGUUCCAUAUGGCAACUGGCUAAAGCAUAUGUGGCUGUAAUUGAUUCUGGCAUUCACCAGCUUAUCAGCCACUGGUUGCACACCCAUGCAGCGAUCGAGCCAUUUGUGAUUGCAACAAAUAGGCAUCUAAGUGUGCUUCAUCCAAUAUACAAACUUCUGCAACCUCACUUCCGGGACACAAUGAACAUAAAUGCAGUGGCUAGACAAACACUAAUUAAUGCUGGUGGAUUGUUGGAGUUUACAGUAUUUCCGGCAAAGUAUGCCAUGGAAAUGACAUCCAUGGCUUACAAAAGCUGGAAUUUCACUGAGCAAGCACUCCCUCAGGAUCUAAUUAAGAGAGGAGUGGCAGUUGAAGAUCCUAAUUCCAAACAUGGUCUCCGUCUACUGGUAAAAGACUAUCCCUAUGCCGUUGAUGGGCUUGAGAUAUGGUCAGCAAUUAGAGAAUGGGUGAAAGACUAUUGCUCCUUUUACUACGAGACAGAUGACAUGGUCAUAAAGGAUCCUGAACUCCAAUCAUGGUGGAAGGAACUCCGUGAGGUAGGCCACGGCGACAAGAAAGAUGAGCCCUGGUGGCCUAAAAUGCAGAACAGGGAAGAGCUGACAGAAUCAUGCACCAUAAUAAUAUGGCUGGCAUCUGCUUUCCAUGCUGCAAUCAACUUUGGUCAAUACCCUUAUGGAGGCUACCUCCCCAAUCGUCCAAGCAUAAGCCGCAGGUUCAUGCCUGAAAUAGGCACUCCUGAAUUUGAGGAGCUUAAAACAAACCCCGAUAAGGCUUUCUUUAAAACAAUCACUGCCCAGUUGCAGACUGUUAUUGGCAUUUCCCUUAUAGAAAUUUUGUCAAGGCAUUCAUCAGAUGAAGUGUAUCUUGGGCAGAGAGACACGCCUGAAUGGACAACAGAUGACAAACCAUUAGAGGCGUUCAAGGAAUUUGGAAAGAAGCUGGAAAAAAUUGAGGAGAGGAUUCUAGAGAUGAACAAAGAUGGGGAAUUGAAGAACCGUGUUGGACCAGUUAUGAUGCCAUACACCUUGUUAGUUCCUAACAGCGACGUUGGACUUACUGGCAGGGGAAUUCCCAAUAGCGUUUCGAUCUAGUUCCUCUUUAUACAUAGGAAAUUUUCUGUUCUUGUUUAAUAUCAAUGCACCGUUGUGCUGAAAGCUUCAAUAUUUUCAACUCUCAAGCACCUGCAAUGUUGCACGCUGAAGGAAAUAAAAUCCAUAGAUGUAUAUGCAAUA